GAACUUUAUUAGAAGAAAAACCUAGUUGAAUUCUGUGAAUCUUAUAGGAAUAUUUUCAAAGAACAUCUAAACUGAGUUUACUGCGAACAACAUCUCUUUUAUGCUAACAGCAAUUCGUACACGGACGAGUCAGUGAGACAAUUGGUGUGAGCGAGACAAAGUUUGACAGCAAACAAUUUGGUUGUUAUCAAUUUAAAUGUUCUUUUCUUUUGUUGGAUGAUGCUAUCGAAGUUAAUCAUCGUUGGAGUGCAAUUGGCUUUCGUACUUCAGGGAAUCAAUUGCGUGCCCGUAAAAACUGCUUCACCAGAACUGACUCGAUUAACAGUGGUCGUGAGUGCAGUAGACGAUAUCCCAUCUGCGGUACCUGCGAAACCAGCCCGUAUACCGCAUAUCAAUGCAACGCCUGGGAAAACUACAAAAUUUUCUGUACCACUCGAAAUUACCGUAAACAGUCAUUUAAUCCGUCGAAUCAACACUCAAAAUAGCAAAUAUCGUGUGUGUUCGAAAAAAUCGAAAGUCCAUGAAUGGCGACCGAGUACGCAACGAUCACCACCUUGUAUAACGUAUCUAAAUCUAUUUGUGCAGAUUGAACUGGAGGUACCGAUAAACGUUGAAUCAAUUGUUGAGGAAUACGGUCGGUCCAGAGACGUUGAUGUAGUGCCUUAUAAAUAUGCAGAUCAAGCAUUUGAUGGUUCUGAAAAAGUGUAUGCUAGCACACUAGAUGAUUACUAUCACGCUCAAACGGCUGUAGGUGACCCAAUUCGUUCGAAACGCACAAAAAGAGCACGACCGGCACAACCGAAUGAUUUUUUCGGCGAUACCGAAUCUAUAGUUAGGAAAGUUGUUCGCCAAAUGUGGCGAACGCAAUGAACAGAAAAAAAAUAGUUGUGCAUUUGUCUGUUUACGGGAGAAAAUUAAAAUCGAGUACGUGUGUGACGUUGUAAAGCCGU